AUGGGCUACGAAGAUUCAGUCUACCUCGCGAAGCUCGCUGAGCAGGCCGAGCGCUAUGAAGGUACGUGUGCGCGCCUGGGACCAUUGGGCUCACGUGCUGACUGUACCACAGAGAUGGUCGAGAACAUGAAGGCCGUCGCCUCAGCCGACCAGGAGCUGUCCGUGGAGGAGCGAAAUCUGCUCUCGGUCGCCUACAAGAACGUCAUCGGUGCCCGUCGUGCGUCCUGGCGCAUCGUCACCUCUAUCGAGCAAAAGGAGGAGAGCAAGGGCAACGAGCAGCAGGUCACCCUGAUCAAGGAAUACCGCAACAAGAUCGAGAAUGAGCUCCAGAAGAUCUGUCUCGACAUUCUUGAUGUCCUGGACAAACACUUGAUCCCCUCGGCCCAGAGUGGCGAGUCGAAGGUCUUCUAUCACAAGAUGUGAGUACAGGAUAUCUGUUUUGUGCUCCUGCGAGCUAAUCAUACGUGCCUCACAGGAAGGGCGACUACCACCGCUACCUGGCCGAGUUCGCUAUGGGCGACCAGCGCAAGACCUCUGCCGACAAGUCCCUCGAAGCGUACCAGGCUGCUACCGAAGUUGCUGGCACCGACCUUGCACCCACGCACCCCAUUCGUCUCGGUCUUGCCCUGAACUUCUCCGUGUUCUACUACGAGAUCCUCAACUCCCCUGACAAGGCCUGCCAGAUGGCCAAGACCUCUUUCGACGAGGCCAUUGCCGGUGCGUGGAAUGACGUGAGAGAGUUCAGAAGGCGCUGUGCUAACGACUUCCAGAACUCGACACUCUGUCUGAGGAGAGCUACAAGGAUUCUACUCUCAUCAUGCAGUUGCUCCGCGACAACUUGGUUAGUCGAUCUUUUCAUGCAAGAUUGAACACAUCACUGAUCGGCAUUACAGACCCUGUGGACUUCGUCCGAGGCCGAGCCAUCUGGAGAGGCCGCCGCCGCCGGCGAGGGCGAGAGCAAGGACACUGCCGACGCACCCGCUGGCGAGGAGGCCAAGCCGUCACAGUAG